AAACGGAGGCGAAGGCUCUGCUGAAGGAGCGGCAGAAGAAGGACAACCACAACCUGAUCGAGCGGCGCCGGCGCUUCAACAUCAACGACCGGAUCAAGGAACUGGGGACCCUCAUUCCCAAAUCCAACGACCCGGAGAUGCGCUGGAACAAGGGCACGAUCCUGAAGGCCUCGGUGGAUUAUAUCAGGAAGCUGCAGAAGGAGACCCAGCGCUCCCGGGAGCUGGAGCUGCACCAGCAGCGACUGGAGCAGGCGAAUCGCAGCCUCCAGCUCCGGGUCCAGGAACUGGAGCUGCAGGCGCAGGUUCACGGGCUGCCCCUCAUCCCCCCCGUGGCUCCCAUGGCCGAGGUGGGCUGCGAGGAGGCCUCCGGCGGCCCCCCCUUCCCCCCAGGCCCCCCCUCCACUCCCCAGUGCCUCCUGGACCUGGCGGUGGCCGACGAGCUGCCCUCGGAGCUCGGCCUGCCCCUCGACCUGGGGGGGCCCGAGGGGAGCCUGGAUGACAUCCUGAUGGACGACGGGGGGGGGCUGUCGCCUCUCGGCCCCCCGGGCGCCCUCCUAGCCUCCCCCGGGCCCUCCCGUGCCUCCAGCCCCCGCAGCAGCCUCAGCAUGGAGGACGAGUCCUGAGCACCCCCCUGGAAGGACCCUCGGGCGGAGCCCUCGUAGGGACCCCCCCUUCACCACGCGGCCCUUUGAAGGACCCCCCCGCAACACCCCUGAGGCCCCUGCGAGGUGCGGAUGCUGUCUCAGGUGGGGCCCCACCACCACCACCGGGUGCCGUUUUAGGGCUCUUAAAACGGGCAAACGUUUUUUUUUAACGAUGGCAUCGGCCCUUUAAGCCGCUGCCACUGUGUUACCCUUUUAAGGUGCCCUGUGUGUGACCCCCCCCCCCCCCUUAAAGGACCUGGGCUGGGUGGGGCCCUUUUAAGGGGGGGGGGGGGGGGUCCCCCGAGGUGUGGCCCAUUUAAGGCGCUGGCGUCGGGCCUCACCUGGGUGUGGCCCUUUAAAGGCCCCUCCCCCGCCCCUACGGGAGGCUCCGCCCCUCAUGGCUGCCUUGGGCCCGCCCCUUCCUGGCUCUCCUCCAAUCAGCAGCCUCCU